AUGCGAAAGUCCGACUGGGUCGAGGCUGUGUUUAAUGAGACGUUUUCCCCCUCUCUCACCCACAAAAUAAAGUCCAUCGAUGCUCUGAUUACGGAAUACCUCGUUCCCGAGGUACGACGCGAAAUAUUACAAUUCUACGGUUCGCUACACCGUAUCGAAGCGCGAUACCCCGGGCUAGACUAUUCCUUCCCACCACAUCGUAUGCGACUGAGCCGAUUUCGGUGGCAUUUUGAAUUGUUCCAAGUGUUUGAUAAGUUCAAGUUGACGGAAGCGGAGAUCAACGAUCUAUGCCGGUGGGAGGGUACCAAGUACGCAAGGCAGCUGUACGAGGCACAAGAAGGGGUUAAAGUGCGGGACACUACUGCACAGUCAAUCCAGCCAGCGUCGCCCCUACCACUUCCGUCUAUCGAAGUUCACUACACUGGCAAUUCCGUUAUAUCGCUGGAUCAGGAUCUGGUUGUGUCUGCAACUGACGGGACCAUCUACCCAAGCACUCGUGAUGAAGCAAGUGGGAGCUGGCGUGUUACACUGAAUGACCGGAUUCUCGAAGUACCUUCACGGAACCAGGGCGGCUACGUGCAGACAGAACGCUGUGGACACGGCGACAUGGCCCAAUCGAUUCUUAGAGAGCACCUAUGA